AUGAUGAUCGUAGCGAAUAGCGGGUGGGUAGAUUUGGACAAGAGAGGCAGGGACAAGCGAGGCAGGGCCAGGUCAGGGCAGGUUGAGGUCGGACAGACACUGUCGCGCGGUGGCGGCGGGGGCGGUGGGGCGCGGGCUCCUGCGCCGCGGGGCCCCCUCGCUCGGUCAGUUCGUAGUCCGGGCCCUCGCUCGCACAGCGCAGCUCAGUCCGCCCUGGCACCCGGCACCAUGCAGGCGACCCUCCUCAGCGUCCUGGCUCUCAGCCUCUGCGGCCUGGGUGAGUACCCCGGGAGCACCCGUUCGCAGUUAGAUGAUGACGGCUUGAAGAAAAAUGAUCAGGGGACGCGCGCAGGCGUUCUGCUGCACGUGCCCGCGUGCCCUGAGCCGCACGGCGUGCAAACCUACCCUCACCCCGAGCUGUGCGACCACUUCUUCCUCUGCACCAACGGCACCGUCACCCUCGAGCAGUGCGAAAACGGCCUCCUGUACGACGGCAAGGGCGCCGUGCACAACCACUGCAACUACAACUGGGCUGUCGACUGCGGCGCGCGCAAGGCCGACCUUACUCCCAUCAGUUCUCCCGGGUGCCUGUACCAGUUCGGCAUCUAUCCCGACAGCCCCGGCUGCUCCAGCACGUACAUCAAGUGCGCGCACGGAGAGCCCCACCAGGAGGCUUGCGACGCCGGCCUCGUCUACGACGACAAGAUCCACGGCUGCCAGUGGCCAGACAUGCUGCUGGAGCAAUGCAAUCCUGAGGCUGUGAUCGGCUUCAAGUGCCCGGAUAAGGUGCCGUCCAACUCCGUCGCCGCCAAGUUCUGGCCCUACCCGCGCUUCGCCAUCCCCGGCGACUGCGGACGCCUCAUCACCUGCGUCAACGGCUACCCGCGCCUCAUCACCUGCGGCGAAGGAAAGGUUUUCGACGAGAGUUCGCUUACUUGCGAGGAGCCCGAACUUGUCCCCAAGUGGAUACGUAUUUCAUUCAAUAACGCGAAUGUGCCAACCAUCUCAAGAAAUGAAGAUGAGACAGGGAAGCAACAUUUGGUGGAAGUUUCAAAACUUUCCUUUUUUAUUUUGAUCCAUUAUUCCAAAAUUCAAUUCGAAAUUAUAUCUUCAUCAAUAAUUGUUGUAUUUUUGUUAUUAUUUACAUCCCAAUCAUUGUGUAUUUCAGCAUGAUAGUAAGGGGAUUCGCUCAUCUCUUAUUUACAUAUCAAUAUUUUCAACAAAUCUGCAUCCGAAGAACAAAUGCAAUAUCACGCUACAACACAGCUCGGGAAGCAUUUUUGUACUUUUUUACUCAUAUACUGUCUAAAAUAUCUCGACUGUAUCAGCAAAUAAAUUACAGUAACUAUUCUCUGUGCAAGUAAUUAUUGUGAAUAUGACAUACAAUGCAAGCAUUGAAAGAGUGAAAAUCAGUUCCCUGAUUUAUUGCCCUUUCUUCUUCAUUUAAGCACCUAUUUCCUUAAUGCAUCAGUCUCUUUAUUGACACUAAUUUUACGAUACAUAUAAUAUAUUAAUAUAGUGCAAACAUAAUUUUUCACACCUUUUCUUUAGUCCAUAUUGGAUCAUUUCUUCCAUUCUUAUGUUCUCCUCUAUUAGUCUUCCUGAAGUUGAUGAUCCUUUAAACCUCUCUCCUUAAAAUCUACUCCUUAAUUUUUUUGACCUCAACGAAACAUAGUAAUUUAUUUUGUUCAUGUAUUCAUCCAUUUACUCAAAUAACAACUGCA